AGGGAGACUAAUUAUUAUCAUUCAAGUUCUAGGUAUUGGAGCUUUGCUGCUAGGUGGGCUUAUGCAUGAAUCAGGGUGAGAGUUUCAAUGUUUUUGAUCCUCAACAGUGGUUUGGCUGUAGAUUCUUUUUUUUCCCCUGUAGCUGUGUCUCAGCACUCUGGAGCCUGUCUAAGCAGAUCUCCCCUCAACAGGAUGCCCUCCACACCCACAUUGAUCUUCAUUAUCAUCUUUUGCCUGGUGUCAUUGACCUCUAUGUUGCAGAAUGGCUUCAUGAUGAUUGUACUGGGCAGAGAGUGGAUAAGGACCCGGGCACUGACAGCAGUUGACAUGAUUGUGGCCUCUCUUGCUUCCUCCCGGUUCUGCUUACAUGGGAUAGCCAUCCUGACAAAUCUCUUGGCCUCUUUUGAUUUUUGUUACCAAGCGAACCUUAUUGGCAUCCUCUGGGACUUCACUAACACUCUCAUUUUUUGGCUUACUGCCUGGCUUGCCGUCUUCUACUGUGUGAAGAUUUCUUCUUUCUCCCACCCUGUCCUCUUUUGGCUCAAGUGGAGGAUUUCCCAGUUAGUUCCCAGGCUGCUGGUGGUAUCUCUCAUUAUGAGUGGCUUGUCAGCUGUCAUUUCAGCCACUGGGAACAUCAGGGCCCAUCAGAUGACCAUCUCCCAAGGUGGAAACUGCACCUUUGGUCACACGUCACUGGACUUCUAUCAUAACUAUUACCUGUCUUAUAUAGUGCUCAUGUGGUUCAUUCCUUUCUUCCUGUUUCUAGUGUCCAUUAUCUUGCUCAUGUUCUCACUGUACCGGCAUGUGGAAAAGAUGAGGGGCCAUAGGUCUGGGCCUUGGGAUCCCCAUUCUCAGGCACAUACCCUGGCUCUGAAAUCCCUUAUCUUCUUCUUCAUCUUCUAUAUAUUUUUUUUCCUGGCUCUGGUAAUUUCAAGUACAAAAAGGAAAACCAUGCAGAGUUACUAUUGGGCCGGAGAAGUCAUCAUCUACACAGGCAUCUUUUUGAAGUCCAUCAUCCUGGUGUUUAGCAACCCCAAGCUGAGAAAGGCCCUGAAGAUGAGAUUUUAG